CUUCUUCUCCCUCUCCGUCUCUGUUAAUCUAUUUCCUAAACGGCAUUCGUGGAUGGGGAAAUUGAGGUUUUUGGCGAUAUGGGCGGCGGUACUAGUCCUGCUGAGCGUUGAUUUGGGAAUCGUGGAAUCCCUCCGGCGAACUCCGGAGAGAAGCGGGAAGACGGAACAGAGGCUGUUCGUUAACAUGACUCUCGUCAGUCAAGCUUCUUCCAUUGGCGCAGUUUGUUUGGAUGGGAGCCCGUCCGCAUAUCACCUUCAUAGAGGAUUCGGGGCCGGCGCCAACAAUUGGCUUCUGCAGUUUGAGGGAGGUGGGUGGUGCAAUGAUCUAUUGUCAUGUCUAGAAAGAUCUAAAACGAGACGUGGAUCCACUCGAUAUAUGAAUAAGUUAGAGGUCUUUUCUGGUAUCCUUGAUGAUGAUCCCACCAAUAACCCUGAUUUUUACAACUGGAAUCGAGUGAAGCUUCGCUACUGUGAUGGUGCUUCUUUUGCUGGUGAUUCAGAAUACAAAAAUGGAACAACAGUCCUUCACUUCAGAGGGAAAAGGAUAUGGGAGGCAAUCAUAAAUGAUCUUCUUCCAAAGGGAUUGAUGAAUGCACAAAAGGCAUUGCUUUCAGGAUCCUCCGCAGGUGGACUUGCUGCCUUCCUUCACUGUGAUUCUCUCUCUCAGAUGCUCCCAGCAUCUGUUAUCAUAAAAUGCAUGAGCGACGCUGGAUUCUUCCUUGAUGUAAAAGACAUAACUGGCAAUGACACCAUAAGAACCUUUUUCAAAGGUGUGGUUAAUGUUCAGGGAAUACAGAACAACUUGAACAAUGCUUGCUUGGCCUCUCAUUACUUCCCCAGUCAGUGUUUCUUUCCUCAAUAUAAUCUUCCUUACAUCCGAAAUCCUUUCUUCAUUUUGAACUCUGCUUAUGAUGUGUAUCAGUUUCACCACAUAUUUGUACCGCCUUCGGCCGAUCCAUCGGGACAGUGGAAUCCUUGUAAGUUAGAUCCAGCAUCAUGUACUCCAAACCAGAUUAGCAUUCUUCAAGGAUUCAGGAAUAAAAUGCUGACAGCACUUGCAGCGUUUGAAACCUCAGGGAUUGAAGGAAUGUUUAUAAACUCCUGCUUCACACAUGGCCAGAGUGAAGUGCAGGACUCAUGGUAUGCUGAAGAUUCUCCAAGAAUACAUAAUAAGACUAUUGCAGAUGCUGUUGGUGAUUGGUACUUUGGGAGAGGAAUUGCCAAAGAAGUUGACUGCCCUUAUCCUUGUGAUCACAAUUGUCAGAAUCUCGUCCCUGCAGUAGAACCUGAUAUUAUGUAGAUUUUUUCUUAACAAUUUCUUAGAAUCAAUGCAAUGAGUGCAAGAUGAGGCUCAUAUAGUUUAUGAAAAGUUACAAAAUCAUAGAAAAUGUUUAGUUUCGUAGAGAUUUUUCUUUUGGUUUUUUCUUCUUAAGAAAGUGAAAUCAUUGAUUGAUCAUAGCAUCAAAGGAAAUAAGAAUGUUCACCAGUUAUUGAUUUUUAGCAAAAACUGAGCUGUUUUUCAAAUAUUACAGGUGAAAUGCCUUCUAUUUCUUCUGGUAAAGUGAGAAGAUCCCAACUUUGGAUGACAAUGGAAGC